AUGAAACACAACAGCUUAUCGCCGUCAUCAUCAUCCUCCGAAGCCGUUUCAUCAUCGUCGUCGUUAUCAACCUCCGACCAACCACAUCCGUCCGUUCAGAGGACUUCAUCAACAUCGGCCUCAUCGUCAUCGACUACGGCGGUGGAGGAUCCGGCAGCCUCCCGAGACACGUCGUCCGGCGUCGCCGCGGAAUCCGUCACCAUCGAGAGGCGUGGCGAUUACGCCGCCUUCUGUAAAUGGACAAUCGCUAAUUUCCCCAAAGUCAAGGCGCGAGCUCUCUGGAGCAAGUACUUCGAGGUCGGUGGAUUCGAUUGUCGCCUCUUAAUCUACCCUAAGGGAGACUCCCAAGCUUUGCCUGGGUACAUCUCCAUCUACCUCCAAAUCAUGGACCCUCGCAAUACGACGUCGUCUAAGUGGGACUGCUUUGCCAGCUACCGCCUCGCCGUUGAAAAUGUUUCCGAUUCCUCCAAAUCCAUUCAUCGCGAUUCCUGGCACCGAUUCUCCUCGAAGAAGAAAUCCCACGGUUGGUGCGAUUUUACCCCCUCCAAUUCAAUCCUCGAGCCGAAAUUAGGGUUUCUAUUCAACAAUGAUUGCGUACUUGUUACUGCUGAUAUAUUAAUUUUGAAUGAAUCUGUAAAUUUUACCCGUGAUAAUAAUGAAUUGCAGUCGAAUAUACUGUCAAAUUUGAUUGUUACUGGUCCGGUUGGAGAUGUAUUGAGUGGGAAAUUUACUUGGAAAGUUCAUAAUUUCAGUUUGUUUAAGGAAAUGAUUAAGACCCAGAAGAUUAUGAGCCCAGUUUUUCCAGCCGGGGAGUGUAAUCUGCGGAUUAGUGUGUAUCAGAGCUCGGUGAAUGGGAGCGAUUACUUGUCCAUGUGUUUGGAGAGUAAGGAUACGGAGAAGACACUUGUUUCGGAUAGGAGUUGCUGGUGUUUGUUUCGGAUGUCAGUGUUGAACCAAAAGCCAGGGUUGAAUCACAUGCACAGGGAUUCGUAUGGGAGGUUUGCAGCUGAUAAUAAGAGCGGGGAUAAUACAAGCUUGGGGUGGAAUGAUUAUAUGAAGAUGUCCGAUUUUGUGGGAAUGGAGUCAGGGUUCUUGUUGGAUGAUACAGCAAUUUUUAGUACUUCCUUUCAUGUGAUUAAGGAAUUGAGUAGUUUUUCAAAAAAUGGGGGGUUCAUUGGAGGAGUGAGGAGUGGGAGUGGCACGAGGAAGUCUGAUGGGCAUAUGGGGAAAUUUACUUGGAGAAUUGAAAAUUUCUCGAGGUUGAAGGACCUUUUGAAGAAGAGGAAGAUUACGGGGCUUUGCAUCAAGAGUAGGAGGUUUCAGAUCGGGAAUCGGGAUUGUCGGCUUAUUGUUUACCCUAGAGGGCAGUCUCAGCCACCAUGUCACCUUUCAGUAUUUCUUGAAGUUACAGAUUCACGAAAUACUGCCAGUGAUUGGAGUUGUUUUGUGAGCCAUCGAUUGUCAGUUGUGAACCAGAAAAUGGAGGACAAGUCUGUUACGAAAGAAUCCCAGAACCGGUACUCUAAAGCUGCAAAGGACUGGGGCUGGCGUGAAUUUGUAACCCUUACUAGUCUUUUUGGCCAAGACUCUGGUUUUCUCAUACAGGAUACUGUUGUGUUCUCUGCAGAAGUUCUUAUCUUGAAAGAGACGUCCAUACAACAGGAAUUUAGUGAUCAGGAUACUGAGUCAGACAGUGCUAAUCCUCAAGUAGAUGGAGUUGGGAAAAAGAGUUCAUUUACUUGGAAGGUGGAGAAUUUCUUGGCCUUCAAGGAAAUAAUGGAAACACGGAAAAUCUUUAGCAAAUUCUUUCAAGCUGGUGGAUGUGAACUGCGGAUUGGUGUCUACGAGUCCUUUGACACCAUAUGCAUAUAUCUAGAAAGUGAUCAGUCAGUUGGCAGUGAUCCUGAUAAGAACUUUUGGGUCAGAUACAGGAUGGCUGUGGUGAAUCAAAAAAAUCCAGCCAAGACUGUCUGGAAAGAGUCUUCUAUUUGUACAAAGACAUGGAACAAUUCUGUUCUCCAAUUCAUGAAGGUCUCAGAUAUGCUGGAAGCAGAUGCUGGAUUUCUUUUACGUGACACGGUUGUGUUUGUUUGUGAAAUUUUGGAUUGCUGCCCUUGGUUUGAGUUUUCAGACCUAGAGGUUUUGGCUUCUGAGGAUGACCAGGAUGCUCUUACAACUGAUCCUGAUGAACUGAUUGAUUCUGAGGUCAGUGAAGGAAUAAGUGGAGACGAAGAGGACAUUUUUAGAAAUCUUCUCUCCAGGGCAGGGUUUCACCUAACAUAUGGAGAUAACCCUUCACAGCCGCAAGUCACUUUAAGAGAAAAACUUCUCAUGGAUGCUGGUGCAAUAGCUGGUUUUCUGACUGGACUGCGUGUUUAUCUUGAUGACCCUGCUAAAGUAAAACGCUUACUUCUUCCUACAAAGCUAGCUGGUAGCAAUGAUGGAAAGAAGGUUUCUAAGAAUGAUGAAUCUUCCCCCAGUUUGAUGAAUUUGUUGAUGGGAGUUAAAGUGUUGCAGCAGGCAAUCAUUGACUUGCUUUUGGAUAUUAUGGUUGAGUGUUGCCAACCUUCAGAAGGAAGUUCUAAUGAUGAUUCCUCAGAUGCGAAUUCCAAACCUUCUCCUGAUGGCAGUGGAGCUAUUAGUCCGCUGGAAUCUGAUAGAGGAAAUGGAGCAAUGGAAUCUGCCCAGCUCUUUGGACACGAUAGACUGGAUUCUGAUGUGGAUGAUAGCACAAGCACAUCUGCUGUGCAAAGCUCGGACAUGAAUGGGAUUGGUAUUCUUCAAAAGGCUGUUCCUGGGCAGCCUAUUUGUCCACCAGAAACUUCUGCCACCGCUUCUUCAGAAAAUGCUUCCCUCCGCACUAAGACCAAAUGGCCAGAGCAGUCUGAGGAGCUCCUGGGAUUGAUUGUGAACUCAUUGAGAGCACUAGAUGGAGCUGUUCCGCAAGGUUGUCCGGAGCCAAGACGAAGGCCACAAUCUGCACAAAAAAUUGCUCUUGUAUUGGAUAAAGCUCCUAAGCAUCUGCAACCGGACCUAGUUGCGUUGGUACCCAAACUGGUUGAGCAUUCAGAGCAUCCGCUUGCUGCUUGUGCACUUCUAGAUCGACUUCAAAAGCCCGAUGCAGAACCUUCAUUACGACUGCCAGUUUUUGGUGCACUUAGCCAGUUAGAAUGCAGCAGUGAAGUGUGGGAACGUGUUCUAUUUCAAUCGUUUGAGCUUUUGGUGGACUCAAAUGAUGAACCUCUUGCAGCGACUGUGGAUUUUAUAUUCAAAGCUGCACUGCAUUGCCAGCAUCUUCCUGAAGCAGUCAGAUCUGUUCGUAUUGGGCUAAAAAAUUUGGGCACUGAAGUCUCCCCCUGUGUUCUUGAUUAUUUAAGUAGAACGGUAAAUAGUUGUGCAGACAUUGCUGAAGCUAUUCUAAGAGAUAUUGAUUGCGAUGAUGAUUUCUGUGACAAUUGCUCAGCUAUACCCUGUGGGCUUUUCUUGUUUGGUGAAAAUGGGCCUACAGAAAGAUUGCAUGCAUUGGAUGAGCAAGCUCUCCAUGCUAGCCGUCAUUUUGCUGAUGUUUAUAUGCUGAUUGAGAUGUUGUCGAUUCCUCUCAUUGCUGUCGAAGCUUCCCAAACUUUUGAGAGAGCAGUAGCUCGAGGGGCGAUUGUGGCUCAUUCAGUAGCGAUGGUCUUGGAAAGACGCCUUGCUCAACGAUUAAACUUGACUUCACAAUUCAUUGCUGAAGACUUUCAGCCUACGGAUGUGGUUGUAGAGGGAGAAACCAUUGAGCAGCUGAGAGCCCAGCAAGAUGAUUUUGCUUCAGUUCUUGGUCUUGCUGAGACAUUAUCCCUCUCUAGAGACCCCCUUGUGAAAGGAUUCAUUAAGAUGCUUUACACUAUAUUGUUUAAAUGGUAUGCUGACGAGUCUUAUCGGCUGAGGAUGCUGAAGAGACUUGUUGACCGUGCCGCCAGUUCUACAGACAGUACUCGUGAGGUAGAUUUAGAUUUGGAAAUAUUGGUAAUUUUAGUCUGUGAGGAGCAAGAAACUGUUAGGCCAGUUCUCAGCAUGAUGCGGGAGGUUGCUGAACUUGCAAAUGUUGAUCGGGCAGCUCUUUGGCAUCAAUUAUGUGCCAGUGAGGAUGAAAUUCUUCGCAUUCGUGAAGAAAGAAAAGCUGAAAUUUCCAGUAUGGCCAAGGAAAAAGCUAUGUUAUCACAAAAGCUGAGCGAAUCCGAGGCUACUAAUAACCGCCUUAAGUCUGAAAUGAGGGCUGAGAUGGAUCGUUUCACUCGAGAAAGAAAAGAGAUUUUUGAACAGAUACAAGAAGUGGAAAGUCAACUUGAAUGGCUUCGCUCAGAACGGGAUGAUGAAAUUGCAAAACUCAGUGCAGAGAAGAAAUUAUUUCAGGAUCGUUUCUAUGAUGCAGAGUCACAACUCUCACAAUUAAAGUCCCGGAAACGUGAUGAAUUGAAGAGGGUAACGAAGGAGAAGAAUGCUCUAGCUGAAAGGCUGAAGGGUGCUGAAGCUGCACGUAAAAGAUUUGAUGAAGAACUGAAACGCUAUGCCACAGAAAAAGUGACUCGAGAAGAAAUCCGGCACUCACUUGAGGAUGAAGUCCGACGGUUGACACAAACUGUUGGGCAAACUGAAGGGGAAAAGCGUGAAAAGGAGGAACAGGUUGCACGAUGUGAAGCAUAUAUUGAUGGCAUGGAAUCGAAAUUGCAGGCCUGCCAGCAAUACAUACACACCCUCGAGGCUUCACUUCAGGAAGAAAUGUCGCGACAUGCUCCUCUGUAUGGUGCAGGGUUGGAAGCUCUAUCCAUGAAGGAGUUGGAAACACUUUCGCGGAUACAUGAAGAUGGCCUCAGGCAGAUUCAUGCCAUCCAACAGCAUAAAGGGAGUCCAGCGGGCAGUCCUCUCGUGAGCCCCCACACCCUUCCACAUAAUCAUGGGUUGUUUCCUGCCGCACCACCUCCAAUGGCUGUUGGACUGCCCCCUUCUCUCAUCCCAAAUGGUGUCGGGAUUCACAGCAAUGGGCAUGUGAAUGGUGCAGUUGGACCCUGGUUCAACCACUCUUGAAUGCAAGAGUCGCACAGUGGAUGGUGUUUGGGUCUUUGGCCGAGUCGCAUGGUGGAUGGUGCUUCGGGUCUCUGGCUGGCUGUGUUCACCUAAUAGGAGCUUGGUAACAUCUCCAUAUGAAGGGGUGUUGUCUUCUAUUUUCUGAGUUUUCUUGGCAUUUUGGCUGGUAGGACUGUUGGAACACAUUGUGGGAAAAGAAAUAAAAUAUAUUCCCAGGAGAUGGAUGAAUGGGAAGGGUAGUGUCUGGUAAUUCAGUGUGAGGAGUCCAAUAGCACUAACAGUUGCAAAUGCCAUAUUUGCGUUCUUCUUUCCUUGAAUUGAUUAAAGGCGUUUAGAAAAG